AUGGGGAGAUUGGCGCGUCACGUCUCUUCCCCUCCAUCACUCACGCCUAUCUCCAGCGUGAUAGUGGCCCUUGGUAGCUCGCUGCCGCCAACUGCCACCUCCUGUCUCCUCGCCCCUCCCUCGCCCUUCCUAUUCGCCUCCCUCGUCUGCUCUCCCGCUCGGUCGG